GCAGCUGCCGGUGCCGCCGAGCAGAGCUGCGGCCGUCCUCCGCCUCUCUCCCUUCCCUCGGCGGGGCGAUGGGAGCGGGGCCGGUCUGCAUCUGCCUCUGCCUGCUCUGGGCGCUGGCUGCCCGGGCGAGCGGCGAGACGGAGCUGCGGCUGCAGCGGGGCAUGCCAAAUGUCUGUCCAGUGUUUGAGUUGGCACUGGUAGGCCACCACCAGCCAUGCAUUCAAGCCUUCAGUCGUAUGGUCAAGAUGUGGAAACAAGGCUGCACGAAGAGGAGAUGGUGCAUGGGGUAUGAGAGAAGGUCUGGCUACUACACAGUUUACAAGCAAGUGUACAAAAUGGAGCAUCAGACUGUCUACAAGUGCUGCCCUGGCUGGGUCCAACGUGACAAUGAACCUGGCUGUUUGCACUUGCUGUGCUCUAUUGGCACUUGCUUCAAUGGAGGGAAAUGUUCUGAAGGCGGAUCCCAGGUGUGCCAGUGUCCUGCAGGAUUCCAGGGUCCCCGUUGCCAGUAUGAUGUGAACGAAUGUUCCACUGAGAACGGUGGCUGCCAGGACCAGUGCUGUAACACUAUUGGCAGCUACCACUGCAAGUGUCCAGCUGGCCAGAAACUGGAGGGAGAUGGAAAAUCAUGUGGAGAUGUGGAUGAGUGCACCAUGGUGAAUGGUGGCUGCCAGCAGAGUUGUGUCAACACCCAUGGCUCCUUCUACUGCCAGUGCCAGGCGGGAUUCAGGCUGCACGCCGAUGGGCGCACGUGCAUAGCCAUCAAUUCCUGCAGUGUUAACAAGGGAGGCUGUGAGCAGGAAUGCCUUCAGCUCAGCGAAGACCGCUACAAGUGCCAGUGCCAGCCAGGCUACCAGUUGAAGAGGGAUGCCAAGUCCUGUGAAGACAUUGAUGAGUGUGCAGAAGGGAGAGCCAGGUGUGCUCAUCGUUGUGUGAACUCCCUGGGAUCCUUCACCUGUGUCUGUAAUCCAGGCUUCGAGCUGGGCGCUGAUGGAAAGCAGUGCUACCGCAUCGAAAUGGAAAUUGUCGACAGCUGCCAGGACAGCAACGGGGGCUGCUCCCACCGCUGCCAGCACACCACGGCGGGGCCGCGCUGCUCCUGCGACGAGGGCUACCGCCUCGACUCCGACGGCAGGACCUGCGCAGAGGUGGAUGAGUGUGAGACUGGAGAGUCCUGCUGCUCCCAAUUCUGCAUCAACUACGCAGGGGGCUACGAAUGUGCCUGCAAAGCAGGGUUCCAGCCCAGUGCCGACGGCUGCAGCUGUGACGAUGUGGAUGAAUGUCAUCUUGAUAAUGGCAGCUGUGACCACUUCUGUGUUAAUUCUCUGGGGUCCUAUGAGUGUGCCUGUAAGGAGGGUUACAGGCUUGGUGGCAACAGACGGUCCUGCAUCGACCUAGGUGAGGAAGAGGUGGAUGUGGAGGAAGCCAUGGGGUUUGCUGGAACUCCAGGGCUGCAGUUCAGAGGUCCCCCCCAGCUCCUUCACUACGCACUUGGUGCCCUCUACGAGGAUGAAGACCCACGAGGAGAGCUCACCCUGGUGCACAGGGUCGUUUGCCUGGAUAAGAUGUUUGGCAAUGACUGUAGCUUGAGCUGUGAGGAUUGCCUGAAUGGAGGCAGCUGUAACAGCGAACGCAGCGGCUGUGUUUGCACACCCGGGUGGACCGGCAUAAUCUGCAACGAAACUUGCUCCCCUGGGACAUAUGGCAGAGGCUGUGCCAGCAUUUGCAAGUGCCAGAAUGGAGGCUCCUGUGACCCCAUCACGGGGCAGUGCCACUGCCCGCCCGGCGUGCAUGGCAAGCUUUGUGAAGAUGGUUGUCCAAAAGGAUUCUUUGGGAAGAACUGUAACAAACCAUGCAACUGUGCCAACAAUGGCUACUGCCACAGACUUUAUGGAGCCUGCCUGUGUGACCCUGGGCUCUAUGGGCGCUUCUGUCACCUCACCUGUCCCAGGUGGGCUUUCGGAGCUGGCUGCUCAGAGGAGUGUCAGUGCGUGAAGGAGCACACGCUGGAGUGCAGCGCCAGGAACGGGACCUGCACCUGCAAGCCUGGUUAUCAUGGCAAGAAGUGUCACAAAGAGUGCAUGCCUGGCUUUUAUGGAGCUGGUUGCAAGCUGAGGUGCAGCUGUCCUGAUGCCUUAUGUGAUCAUGAGACAGGAGCCUGCAAGCAUCCGUGUCCACCUGGGUUUCAUGGAGAAAAAUGCCAUUUGUCUUGUCAGCCCGGGAGCUUUGGGGUGAACUGCCAGCAGAAAUGCAGCUGUGGAGAGGCACCGUGCCACCCAAAGACAGGGCAGUGUGUUUGCCCAGCUGGGAAGACUGGCCCUGCAUGUGAGCAAGCCUGCCCUGAUGGAUACUAUGGAGAGAACUGCCUGCUGUUAUGCAGCUGUGGCAGCAGUGCUCAAUGUCACCAUGUCACCGGAGAGUGCAUAUGUCCCCCUGGCUGGACCGGCCACAACUGCCAACAGCCCUGCAGUAGUGGCCAUUGGGGACAGCACUGUGAAAACUCCUGCGUGUGCCACAACGGUGACGGUAGCUGCGACCCAGUCACUGGCUCCUGCUUCUGUGAGCCAGGAUUCACUGGGAAACACUGUGAACAGAGAUGCCCUGAGGGAAGCUUUGGCCCAAGCUGCGAGGGCAGCUGUCAGUGCCAGAACGGAGCUGCCUGUGACCAUGUGAGUGGAGCCUGCACUUGCACGGCAGGAUGGACAGGAACCUUUUGUGGAAGAGCUUGUCCAGAUGGAUUCUUUGGGCUCGACUGCCACCAGGUGUGCAAGUGCAAGAAUGCUGCUGGCUGUGAUCACGUCCUGGGAAGGUGCCGCUGCCUCCCUGGCUGGCUGGGAGAGACCUGCGAGCAGCCUUGUCCUCAUGGAUGGUAUGGUGCAAACUGUCAGCAGCGCUGCGCCUGCCAGGGCCAGGCACUGUGUAACAGCCAGACGGGCAAGUGUUGGUGUCCCCCGGGCUGGACAGGGAUAGCCUGUGAGCUGGAGUGUGGUGAUGGGAUGUUUGGAGAGGGCUGUGAGCAGAACUGUAGCUGUCAUCAUGGAGUUUGUGACCAGCACUCAGGGAAAUGCAUCUGCCACAACGGCUGGACAGGGGAGCGCUGCGAUGUUGGCUGUCGCCCAGGAUUUUUUGGUGAGCGGUGCGAGGAGCAAUGUGACUGCAUGCAUGGCUCAUCCUGCCACCAUCAAACUGGAGCGUGCCACUGUGCAAAGGGCUGGCGAGGGAGGCACUGUGACAAACCUUGCUUGCCUGGUCGCUAUGGCACAGGCUGUGCCCAGCGGUGCCGGUGUCCUGCUGGUGUCCCCUGCCACCACCUGACAGGCCAGUGUGGCUGUCCUCCAGGAUUCACUGGCUAUGGCUGCCAAAAAACCUGUCCACCGGGCACGUAUGGUAAGAGCUGUAACCGAGUGUGUCAGUGCUCUGCUGAGAAUGAAGAGUGUCACCCAGUGACUGGCAUCUGUGCGUGCCGCCCAGGGUACCACGGGGACCGCUGCCACCUCCCCUGUCCAAAAGGUACUUAUGGCUCAAACUGCCAACAGCUCUGCAAGUGCAUGAACGGAGCCCGCUGUGACCCCGCGGUGGGGACUUGUGAUUGCGUGCCUGGUUUCAUUGGAGCCGACUGCAGUCAAACUUGUCCUGAAAGCCGAUAUGGGAAGGACUGCAGCCUGUUCUGUGCCUGUGGUAAAGGUCAGUGUGACCCACGGACUGGCAAGUGUACCUGUCCUCCUGGCCAAAUGGGACCCAGCUGUCAGCAAGUGUGUCCCCAGGGACAAUAUGGCCCCAACUGCCAGCUAACCUGUACCUGUCAGAACGGUGGCAUCUGUGACCACGUGGAUGGCAACUGCACCUGCGGGCUUGGCUGGACAGGAAGAUGGUGUGAGAAAGAAUGUCUCCCAGGGAAGUAUGGGUCAGGCUGCAGCUUGGACUGCUCAUGCCAGCACAAUGGCACCUGCGACAGAUUCACAGGCUGCUGCCAGUGCCCCGAGGGUUUCUAUGGCCACUCCUGCGAGCACACAUGUCCCCUUGGAUUUUAUGGGCUCAGCUGUCUUCAUGUGUGUGCCUGUGAAAACGGAGCGAGCUGCGACGUGGUGACGGGACAGUGCGUUUGUCCUUUGGGUUAUCAAGGUGUCCACUGUGAAAAAGGCUGUGACAAGGGAUGGUUUGGGGAGAGAUGCCAGCACCGCUGUGACUGUGGGGAUGCUCCUUGUGAUCCAGAAACUGGGAAGUGCCUUUGCCCGCCUGGGAAGACUGGAGACAAAUGUGACAUUGAGUGCAGGUCGGAUAGGUACGGCCCCGACUGCUCCCUGCGAUGCCAGUGUGCCAGCAAAUCCCAGUGCAAUCCGUACAAUGGCAACUGUGUGUGCCCAGCCACCUGGAUGGGGCCUACCUGCAAAGAAGGUGGCCCUCCAAAGCUUCCUUUUUAUGAAGAGCAAACUCAAGAAAGAGGGAACAUUUUUCCAAGAGCUCUACAACAGUAACAUUUGGACUAAUAAAUGAACUGUUUUAUAUGCACAGACGGUAUUUGAAUUUGGAUAUGAGAGCAGCUCUCCAAGUCAGCUUGAAUCGUGCUGAAGCAUUCACACUUCUUAUGGAAGACUACAGAGGCCAUUUAGUAGCUGGAUCCUUUUAAAACCUUGAAUCUGUUUCAUGUUUUUAUCCUCAGCCUCUUACCCUUCCAUUAAUCUGCUCUGGACAUUCUUUCUGACAUAUGCUAUAAUUGUUUGAAGAUUUGGCUAUGAUUUUAAUAAGAUCAGCUCCCAAGAGGAUCAGGAUGUGUAAUAUAUCAGCCUGCAGUGGCCAUGUGUAAGUGACUUGCUAAACCCACUCAGUCACCAGCCUGAAGUUUAAUGAGUGUGCCACAGUUUAUGAAGCCAAUAUAGAUUCACUGAAAGAGCACAGUCCACAGAAACUGGUGGGAGUCAGCAAGUGAAUUCCUCAUGUGUCCUAAAAAAAUUCAUUUGGUCUUGCAGCUGAAGAAGAAUCUGCCACAGUCUUCAAUAAGUCAUUAAUGAGUUGAAGAAUAUGUACUGCAUUUCUAGUGCAGGUGGACUGAUUGGAAGGUCUCCGCUUGUAUCUUGAUUAUGUCUGAAUCCAUCUUCCAAAGAGCAUGGUGUCAUCUGUCAGAGACCUUUCUGGCUUUCUACAUUCUCCCAUCUGCCCGUUGAGUAUAUCUCAGGAUUUGUCAAGUCAAACUAUGCAGCAGUUCUCAGAGAAUCAUAGAAUCAGUCAGAGUUGGAAGGGAAAAGGACCACAAGGAUCAGCUAGUUCCAACCUCCCUGCCCAUGGGCAGGGUCACCCUACCCUAGAGCAGGCUGGCCACAGUCUCAUCCAGCCUGGCCUUAAACACCUCCAGGGAUGGGGCCUCAACCACCUCCCUGAGCAACCCAUUCCAGGCUCUCACCACACUCAUGUUGAACAACUUCCUCCUCACCUCCAGUCUGAAUCUCUCCAGCUCCAGCUUUGCUCCAUCAAACAUGCAGAAACCCAAGUUUUAUCUUGGAUGGAGAAAGCAGCUAGUCUUAAACACAUCUGCAGCCAUGAGCCAUCCGCAGGGCAAAGCACGAAACACUUGCUCACCCAAGAAUUUAAUUCAAACUGUGCUCUCUUGGCAGCAAGCAUCUUAGCGGGGCUCUGCUGCUGCCUCUCUGAGGAAGAAUGUUUGCACUGGGGAGGAAGAAUGCUUGAAGUUGCAGAGUGUUACAAACAGUGAGCAAGAUGGAUUUAGAUGGAAACCUGAAGAUCUGGAGAAGCAAGUCUGUAUUUCUGAUCCUUCAGUCUUGAGCAGAAGGCUAACUGGUCAGUUAACACUCAGGUCAUUUUUCUAGGCUUUGUCAGACCACGCUGAGUGGGGGCUUUCAAGUUCCACCCAAAAUCCCCUGGAUCCAACGUUGGGAGGUGCUGGAAUUGCUGCAAAUCGUAGCGGUGACCCCAUGAGAUCCCUUUAACUUCUACACUGCUGCUAUGUCCAUGGAGUAACACCUGAUGUGCACUGAUGCAAAUCACAUCAAGGUCUGACCUCGGCAGGGGAGAGAUGGCUUCAAAAGUGCCUCCUGCAAAUGGCUGUGCGCUGCAGAACUUCUGCUGACAUAACCAAGGAGCUCCGCAAAUAAAACCCUUGGAGGCAGCUUGGUGAGCCAGGCACUCUCACUGCUGGGAAUCCCCCAUGGCAGCAGCUCAGCUCUAAUUUGAUUGUGGGGCUCUUUGCUUUGGCAUUGCCCCUAUCCUGUCAGGGAAGGGCCAGGACUCCAUGGGAUCGUGGCAGAAUUAUCAGUGAUGAGAGAUGCAACAUGGUGAAAUAGGUCCUGAAGAGCUUUUGGAGCAGGAGGAGGAAACCCAGCACCAUGCUGCUCUCUCAUUCACUCAUCAAGAUUGAUCUCAUGGUACAACAAGAGAAGGAAAGACAAGACUGAUGUGGUCUGUGAGCCCUAUUCAAGACCUCAUGGCUUCUUGGAGCCCAAAAUGAAGGAACUCGUGCCACAGCCUAAACCUCCACCUGCAUCACCAGGGAUGUGACUCCUGAGGAGAUGAUAACCUCAUCAACUGCACUGGCCCAUAAGGACUUGGCCCUCAAGUGGACUCAUCAGCUUCAGGCAGAGAGGGCACACCACGUCCCAUCCGGAUUUACACCUUACGUAGUCCAGCCUGGCCCAGCCGUGGCAGCUGGCACCUAGUGAGGAGAUCAUAUUUAAAGAGAUAUAAAUCAGGGAGCCCCUUUCCAAGGUGCUUUUUAUCAACUGCUUGAUGGAGGUUGGUGGAAUGAUUGGUCCUGAAUUGCUGGUGUCACAGUGAGGGUAGCCUCCACCGAGCUGCUAAGCUGUGUUUGCUUUGGGUGAGGUACCGCGCCACGCCGCUGUUGUUUUGCUGGGGAGCACUUUCCGACGUUUCACUGCCUUGGAGACAUUCUGGCUCCAGCCAUUCAAGCAGUUUCCUAUGACUUGACUUCAAACCCAACCAAGAACAACAGCACCCACCGGCUCUGCCACGUGUUGGCCCGCGUCGACCCCGGAGCAGGAGACACACAAACCCCACCCGGAGGAAGGCACGUGGACCCCCUCCAACACACUUCAGCCAAGGCGGAGACAAGAACACCUCUGGAGGAUGCUGAAGCCAUGGCUGGUGUCACAAGGGCAGAGGAUGCAGCUUACCACCCUUCCUCCCCAUGAUCAUAUUGUGGGUUGGAUGAGACCUCUGGAGAUCAUCUAAUCCAGCCUCCCCUGCUAACACAGGACUUGCAGAGGGCAAGCAUGGCAGAGGAAAUCUCAUGGACACUUUUGCUCAACCAAGAACUGCAACAAGCCAGAUCCAAAAAGGCUCUGACAAUGUUCCAGCCACAUCCAACCAUUCAGUGCAGUCUUCUUGCCCAGCACAGCCAAAGACCGUGAGACAGGCAACACUGAAUCCAACACAACAGCCCAGAGCAUGGGAGAGCGCUGAGGAAGACUGGGAUCCCUGCAAGCCUUGGGAGCUAUGCUGCAGUUCUGGAGGAAUACUGUUGUAACACAUACAUGUAGCUUCAAUCUGGCUUCCUCUACAAUCAAAACAUGUCGUUUCAUCUACAAAACAUCAAGAAGUUCAGAACAAUGCUUGUGCUUUUUUUUCCCACCACAAUGGUACAGCACAAAAACUAUGUGUUUUAGGAAAUCCAAAUGUGACUAAGACUGCAUUCAUUUCUCUGCACCUGCUUUGAAGCAUCAACAGAGGCUCGUUUACAACAUCAAAAAUUCCCCAAAUACUUACUUGUGGAUGAAACAAGAAUCCCGGGGAAGGUCUCAAGUAUUUCUCUUUUAAAGCUUCCAGUGGGUCAGUUAAUUUUCUUUUCUCUACUCUGUAAAUGUUAAAAUUAGAUUUGCUUGUGAUGAAUCAGUCUCAGGUAUUAAUCAUUAUACAGCUGCUUGUGUGCAAAGCAGUCAACUAUACAUCAAGUCAUUUGUUUCUCAGAGAUAAUGGUAAAAGGUAAAUACAGUCAGCUCUUGAUUCCUGCUUACAACUCGUUACUGUGAGUGGGGGCUCUGAAUUAAAGGGAGAUUAUACCAUUAAAAAGGGAGAUAUUCCAGUUUUAAAAGACUGGUAGUAAUAAUAGGAAGCAAUGACUAACUACUGAGCACUUUUUGUGAACAAGUAAGGCAACCAAGUGUGGUCUGCACUCAAAGGAGAGGAAUUCAAAGCAAGAGCAGCCUUGAGCAAUGGGUGCCUUCUUUUCUGACCGCAUGAGAUGUCUGGAAAGCUCUCCUUGGACAUGGCUGUGCACCAUGGCUGGGCUUGUGGGAAUGCACUGCAUCUGAGAUGCAAGCAACAACUGCAAUCAACUCCUAUGGGCCUUUAGGCAGUGAAACACAACACAGAUAGUUCAGCAGCAGCUUAGAAAUUUCAGGUUUGGGCUUUUUCUGUUACUGGUGCAUAUGGCUUAAAGGACAGACCCUAUUGUCUGUAUGCAGAAGUAACUCACAGCAGUGGAAGGCUCAGUAACAAGCAGCCUUGUGCUGUGCUGCCAGAAUGUGUACAGAUUUCAUUAGUUUGCCCUGCAGGACCAUAAAACACGGAUCAUUAUUUCCACUGCUUCAGGCACUGAACAUGAAUAUGACGCAAAGAAAACCUAUGGUCUAAUGCAGAUACCAAUCUGGCAUGAAUAAAACCAUCUCAGUAAAUAGCAUCAUAUCCUGUUUCUUCACAAUGCAUACCUGUUGUCUUAUGCAAGAGCAUUGACCAAAAACUUUGCCCAGAGCCUU